AUGCAGCGGAGCCUUUCAGCUGCUGCGGCCACUGCCACGACUGUGCAGCCUCAGAGCAGCAGCAGCAGCAGCAGCAGCGCAGCAGCAGCAGCAGGAGCAGCGCGUCCUAGUGGGACUCCUCUAAAAGAGGAAACUGCAAACGCUGCUGCUGCUGCUCGGGUACCCGAGGAGCAGCCGAAUAGUCCCGCUUCUGGCGCAGCACACGCUGCAGCUGCUGCUGCUGCUGCUGCUGCUGAGCCUGUGCAGCAGCCAGAUGCGGGCUCACCAGCAGCAGCAACAGCAGCAGCAGAAGGCGCGCCAGUGGAUGAAGCUGCCUACGAAGAAGUGCAGCUGAGGGAAUUGGAAUUUGAUGCUCUUGAGUCUCUCUUCGUUUAUCCCUGUCCUUGUGGGGACCUCUUCGAGCUGCCUCUCGCAGACCUGCAAGCAGCAGCAGCAGCAGCAGCAGCAGCAGCAGCAGCAGCAGCGGAGUCGGGUUAUAGUGGCUUUGCCCUCGCCUCUUGCCCCUCCUGUUCUCUUAAUCUGAAGGUGUUGUUUGACCAGCAGCAGCUGCAGGAGCUGCAGCAGGAGCUGGGGCUCUCGCUGCUGCCGGAGUGCUGCUGA